AUGGCUAACUCCACCUCCGACAUCAAUCUCGAAUCUUUGUCCCAAUGGACAGAGGAGUUCAAGACCGACCUCAAGACACAGUUCGGUGGAUCCGUGCUGCAACACGCCAACGCGGAUGACGUCCUGAUCAACAGAGACCAGGAGAUCGCCAACAAGAACUUCUUCAACCACAAGAUUGAGAUUGAAGGUCUGCCAGUCAUGGACCAGAAGGCGUCCGGCCGUUGCUGGUUGUUUGCGUCCACCAACAUGUUACGUGUCGGGGCAAUGAAGAAGUAUAACCUCAAGGAGGUCCAGCUGUCUCCUUCGUUCUUGUUCUUCCACGACAAGCUUGAAAGAGCCAACUACUUUUUGCAGAUGAUCAUCGACACGUACAAAGAGCCGGCGGAGAGUAGACUUGUCCAGUGGUUUUUGCUAGACCCUGCUCAGGACGGUGGCCAGUUCACCAUGAUGACCCAGAUCGUCGACAAGUACGGUAUUGUGCCUGAUCAGAUUUACCCAGACAGCUACAACACCACGAACACGAGAGUCAUGAACCGCAUGUUGAACUUCAAGCUGCGUGAGUUUGCCAUGACUCUCCGCGAGGCGUUGGCGGCAGGCAAGGACGUUUCUAUCCAGCGCAAGGAGAUGCAGCGGGAGGUGUAUCGUCUGCUCACAAUGUUUCUAGGCAACCCUCCAAAGCCAACUGAGGAGUUUACUUGGGAGUUCUACGACAAAGACGGCAAGUACCAGUCUAUCAAGACGACGCCAUUAAAGUACGCCGCUGAUAUCCUCGAGUUCAACACGCCGGACUACGUUUCCUUGUUGAAUGAUCCGAGAAACGACUACAAUAAACUCGUCAAGGUUGAUCGCUUGGGCAACGUCGCCAACGGCGACGCCGUUGUCUACCUCAACCUCGAGGCCGAGAAGUUGGCGCAGGCUGUUGUUCACCGUAUCAAGAGCAACAAGCCCGUUUUCUUUGGCUGUGACACCCCAAAGUUUAUGGACAAAAAACGGGGUAUAAUUGACGUCGACCUCUGGGACUUUCAGCUCCUUGGUUACGAUGUUGACUCGAUGUCCAAGAAGGAACGUGUCGUAUACGGCCACUCCUUAAUGACCCACGCUAUGUUGAUCACCGCAGUCCACGUCGACGACGCGGGGAAGCCUGUUCGUUACCGUGUGGAAAAUAGUUGGGGCAGCAAGUCUGGCCAGGACGGCUACUACGUGAUGUCUCAGAAGUUCUUUGAAGAGUAUGUCUACCAGGUUGUCGUCGAAAAGAACGAGCUUGCAGCACUUGACGUCGAUGCCAAGGUCCUCGACUCCACUGACUACAUCGUCUUGCCACCAUACGACCCAAUGGGAGCCUUAGCACAUCUGUAA